AUGGCUGAGACACUUUUGUUGUUUGGAGUUCAGAAGAUUUGGGACCUCCUAGUCCGAGAAUCUGAGAGAUUUCAUGGGGUUGAUGAGCAGUUCACUGAACUCAAAAAUGAUCUUAACUUGCUUAGGUCAUUCUUGAAAGAUGCAGAUACUAAGAAACAUGCAAGUGCUUUUGUGAGACAAUGUGUUGAAGAGAUCAAAGAAAUUGUUUUUGACACAGAGGAUACAAUCGAAACCUUUCUUCUCAAGGAACAACUUGGAGAAACAAGUGGGAUCAAGAAGCACAUGAGAAGACUUGCUUUCACUACAGAGUGGGAUCAUCGCAGGGAUAUUGCUUCAAAAAUGAGAGGCAUAAGCAAAAGGAUCUCCAAGGUGAUGUCCGAUAUGCAGAGUUUUGGGGUGCAACAGUUGAUUAUCGAAGGUGGCGUGUAUUCGCAUCCUCAACAAGAAAGACAAAGUGAGAUGCGAAAAACGUUUCCCAGCGACAACGAAAGCGAUUUUGUGGGUUUCGAAGAAAACGUGAAGAAAGUGGUUGGUUAUUUGGUUGAGGAAGAGAGCAUUCAAGUGGUUUCUAUAUGUGGGAUGGGUGGUAUUGGUAAAACUGCCCUCGCUCGACAAGUUUUUAAUCAUGAGAUGGUAAAAAACCAUUUCGAUGGAAUUGCGUGGGUGUGUGUUUCACAAAAGUUUACAAGAAGGUAUGUGUGGCAGACCAUUUUGCAAAGGCUUAGUCCAAAACAUGAUGAGCGUAGAGAGUUAAAUAUGACUGAAGAUGAACUCCAGGAAACACUCUUUGGAUUGUUGGAAACCAGCAGUUCUUUGAUUGUCCUAGAUGAUAUGUGGAAAGAAGAAGAUUGGGACAAAAUAAAGUCUGUGUUUCCACCAACAAAAGGAUGGAAGGUAUUACUUACUUCUCGCAAUGAGGGAGUGGCAUUACAUGCAGAUCCAACAUGUAUCACCUUAAAACCAGAAUGUCUAACUCUUGAAGAAAGUUGGAAAUUUUUUCAAAGAAUAGCAUUUCCUAAGAAAAACACCAUCGAAUUCAAGGUUGUUAAAGAAAUGGAAGCGAUGGGUAAGAAAAUGAUCAAACACUGUGGAGGACUACCUUUAGCUGUCAAAGUGUUAGGAGGAUUGUUAGCUACCCAACACACAUUAUGCGAGUGGGAAAGGGUAUCUGAGAAUAUUGGAUAUCACAUUGCAGGAAGAACUAGCUUUGAUGACGGAAAUGCAAAUUCGGUUCACCAUGUAUUGUCUUUAAGCUUUGAAGAGUUGCCUAUUACUUUGAAGUAUUGCUUCCUCUAUCUUGCCCAUUUUCCAGAAGAUUAUCCAAUAGACGUGGAGAAAUUGUCUUGGUAUUGGGCUGCAGAAGGAAUAUCAAAGCCCGAGUAUUAUGACAGAGCAAGCGUUCAAGAUGUUGCAGAUGUCUAUAUAGAAGAGUUGGUAAAGAGAAAUAUGGUUAUUUCAGAAAGAGUUGGUAGUCCUUCCAGAUUUAAAAUUAUUCACUUACAUGACAUGAUGAGAGAAGUUUGUCUGCAUAAAGCUAGAGAAGAGAACUUCCUACAUAUUGUUCAUGGCACAUCAAGUGCAGACGCUGAAUCUCCUUUUAAAUCUCGCAGACUCACUAUACAUAUGCCUCCUAAAAAAAUUAAUAUGGAGGGGAAGAUAAAAAAUCCAAGCCUUAGAUCUCUCAUUUUUAUAAGCAAGGGUGAAAAUUGGAGGCCAUCAGGUUUAUUCUUUGACAAGCUACAUUUGAUGAGGGUUUUAGAUCUUUCCUUUGCCAAGUUUGAAGGAGGGAUGCUACCUUCUAGCAUUGGGAAGCUCAUCCACUUGAGAUAUUUGAGUUUAUAUGAGGCACAUGUAACUCAUCUACCUUCUUCUAUGCAGAAUCUGAAGUUGUUGCUCUAUUUAAAUCUAUUUGUACAUAAAGGAUGUGAACUCUCCAUGCCCAAUAUCUUAGAAGAGAUGGGCGAAUUGAAAUAUCUGUAUUUGCCGAGGAGUAUACAUGAUAUGGUGAAGAUGGAUUUGGGUAACUUAGUUAAACUGGAGACUUUGAAGAAUUUCUCUACAAAGCAUAGCAGUGUGACGGAUCUCCAAGGUAUGACACGGCUCAGAGUCCUCUCUAUCAAUAUCGAAGAUGAAGGGUGUAUUAUGGAUACUUUAUCUUCAUCUCUAAGUGAAAUGAGACACCUAGAAAAUCUUAGUAUAAUAAGUGAUAAUACCUUGAUGGCAAGUGGGUUUGUUUUGGAUUGCAUGAAUCUCAAACAGCUAAUGUUGAAAAUUAAAAUUCCUAAGUUACCUGAUGAACAACAGUUGUCUUCUCACCUUACAACCAUCACUCUAAGGGGUUGUUAUUUGGAAGAGGAUCCGAUGCAGAUUCUAGACAAGUUACCCAAGUUGAAAGACGUUAAUUUAUGGGAGUAUUCUUUUUGUGGGAGGAGAAUGGUUUGCUCGGCCGGUGGGUUUCCUCAAUUGCAGAAGCUUAAGUUUGCUGGAUUAGAAGAGUGGGAAGAGUGGAUAGUAGAAGAAGGCUCCAUGCCCGUUCUCCUAAAUUUGGAGAUUAAUAACUGUAAGAAGUUAAAAGGGCUUCCUGAUGGACUACAAUUCGUUACUUACUUAAUGAAUCUGACUAGUUCUGAUAUGGGAGCGAGAUGGAAGAAGAGACUGUCGGAAGGAGGAGAAGACUAUUACAGAGUCCGAUACAUCCCUUAUGUUACAUUCUGA